AUGAGCCCAUCAUAAGAAUUGUGUGCAAAAGAACGAGACCAAACUACUGUGAACUGGAUCUAUGGCAUACAUGUGUGUGCGUAGUUUUUUUUGUCUUUUGUCAUCAAUUUCAUCUAUAUAUGCAAUAAAUGUAUCUGGCUCAAAGAAAAACACACGGAAAGCGAAUCACGGAAAAACGCAUCAUUAGAUGAAACUCACUGGAGUAUUGAGUGUGUAUAAAAAAGAGUAUACGUUGUGUCAAUUUUAUAUUUAGAAAAUAGUUCGUCGACAAAAGUGUCGAAAAACCCAUAUGCUCAUAUCAGACAUUGUUGUUAUUUAGAGUUUUUUCGAUUGGAUUAAGUGGAUUUUUACGAAAUAGGUUAAUUGCCAUUAGAAUUUUGUGAAAAAGAAAAGCGUUCCUAGGUGUUAGGUGCCGCAAACAAAGUGCAGUAUUUGCUGAGACAGCGGAGAAGCGAUUUCCAGAAAGAAAAUUUACCGUGUCAUUGAAUGACCUAAAAUUGAAAGUGAAGAAAAUUCAGUGCAAUUCGAUUAAUGUGCCACAACAGGCAAUGCGAUAAAGAUGUCCUCACGUGUGUUGAAGAAAUUGCAUGGCGACAAUGAUUUGGAAGCCCAAGAUGCGUCCGAUAAUGACAACAGUUUCAUUGGUAACAGUGGCGCUCGCAAGAAGCAGUUCGAUGGCAAUCGAUAUGAUUUGUUCCAGCACGACGGAUCGAUGUCAGAGAGUGAAGUAAAAGAAGAUGACAAUGAAACCGAACAUAAUUCGACUGCAGCACCGAAUCCAUCUGAAAUAAAGAAAAAACGCAAGAAGCGCAAGAAACGCAGUGGUAAACAAGGUGGAUAUCAUCGCAGCAGCGAAGAUAAUGCUGACAUCGAUGAACUGGCGCGCACUUUCAAAGGAAUUAAUCAAACGAUUAACGAUGAAAAUAAACCACUAUCAGCGAAUCAAUCGGCGGCGGCCACGCGAUUGCUAUCGGCAAAAACAUUGCUGACAAUUCAACAUAAAAACUUGAAUCCAUCAUUCGAAAUGAAACGAAUGUUUGGAAGCAAAGUCGUUCAAACGAAGCAUACGAAAUGGACGUUACAUGAUCGUCGAAUGCGUGGUCGGCCAUUUAAAGCAACAUGGUUGGUAACGCCGAAGGAAAAUUGGCCGCCAGCAAAAAAGGUUGGCAUUUCCAUGACGAUUGAUUCGUCAAAAUCAAUUGAAGCUGAACAAUCGAGUAGCGGCCGUGGUGCAAACAAAUGGUUUGUGUUCGAACAUAGUGCAACGUAUCGUCAAUUGCAACAGAAAUUCUUGACCGCCGUUGAGAGCAUGGAUUCGGAUAAUAUCAUUAAAAUCAUCAAUCAGCAACCGUAUCAUGUAGACUCGUUGAUUCAAAUGAGUGAACUAUGCAAAAUGAGUGAAGAUAAUGCAAUGGCAUCCGAGCUAAUUGAGCACGCAAUUUUAGCCCUAGAAUCGGCAUUUCAUUCAACAUUCAGUUUAACCACCGGAAAUUCUCGACUUGAUUAUCGUCGUCAGGAGAAUCGUUCUCUGUUCAUUGUUCUAUUCAAACAUGCUCAAUAUUUGGAGGGUAGAGCCUGUUCACGGACUGCAUUAGAGGUGGCCAAAUUGAUUUUAUCAUUCGAUCCCAUAAGUGAUCCAUUGGCCAUGAUUUUGGUCAUUGACUAUUAUGCAUUGAGAGCCAAGUGCUAUGAUUGGUUGGCACAACUCUACGACGAAUGGGAAGCAUCAAAUAAUCUAGCACAACUGCCAAAUAUGGCAUAUUCGUAUGCACUUGCACUAUUUUAUUUAAAUAAAAAUGGCAAUUUAGAUUCAGCUGACAAAGCAAUUCAAUAUGCAAUACUGAUGUUCCCGGGUGUUGUUAAACCAUUAUUGGACGCACUUUCCGUACAGGUUGACUCUCGUGCCAAUACGCAUAAAUACAUUUCGUCAUCGGCAUACGACAAUCAGCCGGCGGCUUUGCAGCAGCUCACAUCACUCUAUGUUUCGCGUUCGAAAACUGUUUGGCGUGAUACAGAGAUACUCCCUUGGUUGUCGCGAAAUGUGAAUAGUGUACUGGAUCGUGUCGAUUUAAAAGAUCCCAUUGUCAAUGAGUACACCACCAAACGAACUCAACGGUACAAAACACCACCACGACCAAUUUUACGGCACAUCAUUUUAUCGGAUUUCAAAGAGAAGGUGCCGUUAGCACCUUUUAUCAAUCAAGAAACUGAGCCAAUUGUGAUGUAUGACCCGUUACCACCGCUUGAUUCGAUAAAUAUCUAUGCAAAACCAACUAUGACCACACAGUCACGUCUGUUGCCGGAUGCAUCGCCAUUGUCAAUGUUUUUCCAGUCAAUUUUACCAAAUUUCAAUGUACAAGGUGGCCGAUUCGUGGCACCAGCCAAUCGUGAUGGUGCUGGCAAUGCUGCCCAAAAUCAGGAUCCGGCGGUUGCAUGGGAUGAAAAUGUUGCUCACGAUCAACAACUUAUGGAUGAACUAAGACUUAUGGGCGAAAUUGAUAACGCUGCGGCUGUUGCAAAUAACGAACUGAAUCAACCAUUCAUCGAAUUAAGAAACUCAUUAACAUCCGUUGUAGACGCAAUGAGAGAUUUUCUGUCGAAUAUCCGUGUACCGGAAUUGCCAAACGAUGCUGACGUCGAUGAGAACGAAAGCACCGAUGAGGAUGCAAAUGAUUAUCUGACAUAAAUUGCUUGGACCGAUUAGAAGACCUAUAUGCCACGCAUGAGAUACUUUCUAGAGAAACAUUAAAUCAGUCUCAAUUGAAUCAUGCAGAGUACUGCGUUAUUACACAGUUCAUUAUAAUAUUUGGAACAAUUUUUAAACGUUUCUACCCUCCGUUUUUAAAAUCAUUUUUUCGCUACAAAUAAAAUUUAUUGUCGAUAUUAAAAGAGGAACAUUGCUAAAGAUAUUAUUAAAUUUUUUGCACUCAAUUUUAAUCAGCAAAUGACAACAGAAAUAAAUGGUCAAAUACCAAUUCUAAAUAUUUAAAAUAAAAACUUUGUUUUUGAUCAAUUUUUCAAAUUCUUUCGAAAAAAGCGAAAAAAAUAUUUGUGAAAAAAAAAAAUUGUUGAUAAAGUAUUAAGCUUCACUUAAAUGUGUCCCAAAUUCUAUACAAUAUAUACACACACACAUACACACAAACAUCGCGUCGUGCAAACUGUCAUAGAAAAGAAAAUAAUAAUCUUUUUAUCAUAAGGAAAGCCACAAGCAUUUUUAGAAGUCCUUUAUUGAAUAUUUACUGAUAUUUUAAAGUAAUUAUAUAUAUGUAUUACAAAUAUUUGUGCUGAACACAGAGAGAAACAUAAUUUCAAACAUUUACUAAAAUCUAAAUAAACGGAUACAGUUAAAACACAGA